AUGAUGUUUGAAAACAGUGAAGGUAAUGAUAAAAAAAAAAGGAAAUUAUAUGAAGACACAUCUUGUUACGAAUAUAAUAAAAAAUAUUCAAAUUAUUUAAACCCAUUUAAUAAUAAUGAUCAAAUAAAUAAUUAUAGUAAUUUCUACUUUAAUGAAAAUGCAAGUAAUAUUUAUAGACAAAAUAAUGCUAUCUCUAAUUUUUUAAACUUAAAUAAUGACAAUAUUCAGUUUGAUAAAAAUUUAUUAAUUAAUAGCAUUGAUAUAAUUUUGAAUUUUAUCAACUAUAACAAUUUAAAUGAUACAGUAAAGCAUGAAAUACUCCAUGAAAAUCUCUUAAAUUUGCGUUUUCACAUUAUGAGUUUAAAUGACGAUAAAUUUAAUCAAAAAAAAAUAACUGAAUAUUUUUCAAAAAUAUAG